AUGGCUCUUGUUGUUCCACGCUCGUUGCCUAUCUAUGCUCUUGUGACAUUGUUUUUAGUUCUACUAAACCUAAACCCAAGUUCUUGCGUCAACCCCAAACUAUUGAAUGUCUCAAGGCUUCAGUCUGACUCGAACUGGGAAGCGGCUCUCUCAACAACUCGGUCUUAUUCGGAGUGGGCACCCGCUGUUGCAACAUGGUAUGGAGACCCUGAGGGUGGUGGGACUAAUGGAGGUGCAUGUGCUUAUGCCAAUGAUGUAUAUCAGCCUCCGUUUUCUAAAUUGGUUUCUGCCGGAGGGGCCUCGUUGUUCAAAUCAGGGAAAGGAUGUGGAGCUUGUUAUGAGGUCAAGUGCACCGGUUAUGCUGCGUGCUCGGGGAAUCCUGUGACUGUUGUUAUAACCGAUAACUGCCCUGGAGGUCCGUGCGCUUCUAAUGCUGUUCAUUUUGAUUUGAGUGGCCAUGCUUUUGGAGCCAUGGCCAAUUCUGGCGAAGAAUCUCAACUACGGAAUGCUGGAGUCCUUCACGUUCAGCAUAGAAGAGUGGCGUGCGUUUAUCCUGGUGUGGACAUAACCUUCAGAGUGGACUCGGGUUCAAACCCUUACUAUCUCGCUGUUGUAGUAGAAUAUGCAGCUGGACCUGGUGCCCUAUCUGCAGUCGAGCUUAAACAAGGUCAAGGUGACUCAGUCUGGCUUCCCAUGCAGCAAUCUUGGGGUGCAGUUUGGAAAUUUAACUCCGGCUCACAGUUGCAGGGACCGUUAUCUAUUAGAAUAGCUGCAGAUUCCGGCCAAACCCUAGUUGUAAAUGAUGUGAUUCCGGCUGGCUGGCAGCCCGGUCAAAUUUAUCGCUCGGUUGUGAACUUUUAGAUCCUUAUAAAACUGUAUUUGU